AUGGUCGACGCUUUUCACAACGAGAGCGGGCUUGUCUCGACGGCGCUUCGGCCGAUUCGCAAGAAGUUCGCCAAACCACCCGUGAAGGUAGCUUGUUUGCCUUGCCGCGCCUCGCGAACCCGAUGUGGUGGGCAAGAGCCGUGUUCAAAUUGUCUCAACAAAGGCCGAAAAUGCUCGUAUCUACCCAGCAAACGCGGUGGGCCUCGCACGAAGAAGCAAAGGCCCUCGCCGUCGCCUGAGGAAGACGCGGCGCCGCAGGGUGGUGCCCAGUAUGCGGCGAUCACCGCGGAGUUCGAAGAACCACCGGAGAUGUUUACACAAAUCGAUGUACUCUCUUUGCCGGGCGCAGGAUUACGGCAUCUAGACUUCCCCCAGCAGGUGUCUUCUAUGUUCCAGGGUUACUAUGCUGGUGAUACGGAUCCCGCUCAUGUUCCCCUGGAACUCAUGCCGUCGCCAUUGACUGGCGCACAAUGCUAUGUACGAACCUACGGAAGUGAACCGGAAAUAUUAAACGCCUACUAUGAUUUCAUCCAUUGCUAUUUCCCCAUUCUUCCACCGCGAGUGGCACCGCAAUGUCGAGACCGCCCUUUGCAAUGCCCGAUAUCUUGCUCUGACCCAUCAUCGGAGCCCCUGAUGAUGUACCGGCCGCGUUCCCCUCUGAGUCUUGCCAUCUCAGCUGUGCUCGCAUUAAUUCCGCACCCUCAUGAUCCUGAUUCAUCAUCGUCAGCAUCACUCAUUCAACGCAGAACAUACGCCAACGCGUUCGCGCAAUUGGCCAAUACGGCCAUCGAAACUGAAUGUGAUCUUGACAUAUCUUCAACUGACCCUGGGCAGGCCCUAUCGUCUCCACGGCCUUCUGUCAAUCGAGAAAGGCUCCAUCCCCAGACCCCAGAGGAUUUGGAAACUCUUCUGGCUUUACUAAUUCUUUCUGUGUACGAGUAUUCUCAGAGAGGCAACUUGCUAAAGAUGAGAUACCGGGCCAGUCAAGCAUUAGCUCUGGCCUUAGAUAAGUCACUCCAUGACUACGUGGAAGAGGACGAAUUUUGCGAGGCCCGUCGGAGAGCAUGGUGGAUGACGUACUACAGUGUUAUACAAGGCGCCAUCGUGAGCACAACUCCUCCUACUCUUGUCAUUAAUGACCCUCAAUUUACGACCCCAUAUCCAUCAUUCUCAUCAGAUGCUGAGGGAUGGUCCAUCUUGAUACAGGCGCAACAAGUGCUAGUAUCCGCGACCCAGUUCAUUGCCGAUCUUAAUAAAUCACUUGCUUCGCAGUCGGGCCUCCACUAUAUGUUUGAACGGAUGCAACAGCUUGAUUCCUGGACAAAUUCAGUACUCGCACAGUGUGAAAUCCUCCCAAUAACAUCUCAUGCGCCAGACUUCGGUGAUUGCCGCGAAACCAUCACCGCACGAUGUAUACGAACGAUGUGCAGGAUUAAGCUGUCCAGUGCCCAAAUCAAAACUCAUCGAUUCCGCGCUUUCUCAGACAUUCCAAUCUUCGUCAAAAGACAUUGCGAUCUAACAGCCGCCAACGCUACCAAUACAGCCCAAAUCCUCACUCCAAAAUCAUCAGGCACAGCAAUCAACAGCGUCUCGUGCUCAUGCAGCAAUCUAGACCAAUUCCAACGAGCCCCAUCAGCUGAAUACAUGACCCCAUCGGAUUCAUCCACCUCAUCUGACAUUCAUCCUUACAUCCCGCAGUAUCCACAAUAUCCCUUCGCUCAAGGGUUCCCAUAUAGCACGCAACACUCUGGCAAAAUUUGCCUCCGCGCUGCCAUCCUCAUUUCACGCUUGUUCGAAUCUUUGCCUUACCCGCAACCACUUUCUGAAACACAUCAACAAUCGCAUCAACGAGGCGGUGUCUUACCUCGGACCAUGCCUUCUUUCGCUUGUUGUUUGAUGCAGAGUAGUUACGCGAUGUUCAUGAUUUUCUACAAGACGCGCGUGGCGAACCAGGUGUCCCCGGACCGGGAAUCUGAAAUUACGAGCGACUCGACCGACAGACUAAUUGAGGAGCUUCGGCAAGGUCUGCAGAGAAUUAUCCGGGCUGUUUCCAACUAUUCAUUGGCUUUUGAAGCCUUAGAUGGGAUGAGAGAUGAGAUUCAAGGAGCAUACCAAACAGCCUUCCCGCCAAACACAGCUAUUUAA